CCUGGUGGUAUACCUCAUCCAUGUCCCUACCAUCCUUCUCAAAUGUUCAGUCCUACUCAUUCUAUUGAGUGUCUACAUAUGCAACGUCGACUCCAAAUACCAAGAACGGUCACAGACCCACUCUCCUUCCUGCUAAACCAACUACCUAUUAAAAAGCUAAAAUACUCACAGAAUGUGGCUCCUUGGACAAUCCGCUGGCCAGCUAUUUGCAUCACUCUACAUGAAAUGGAUUACCUCUUUCAUGAAAAGCUACCUCCAGAUCCUCUCUCAGAACCCGGUGCACUACUGGUGAAAUAG